AAUUUGCUUAAUAUUGUGCAAUCAAGGAUUUAAUCCAUCAAGGCGGCCAAAAGUUUUUUUGUUUUAAUUGGGAACAAAAAAUAUUGGCAAAACCGCGUGUGUACAUUUGUAAUAUCGGUUUAGAAACAUAAAAAAGUAGACAAGAAAACACCCCAAACCAGCUACACGAGGAGCAAGUGGAGGACGAGCUAUAUCAAGGCAGCGUGUGGGCAACCAUACGACGACAAUUGAACCCCAAUAUCAUCUGUAAAAAUAUAAAAAAGACGUGUUGCGCAGAAGAAGUGUUUGACUAAAAUUGUUGGAGGUAUCUUUGUGGGAUUGAAAUAUGACCAUUAAAGAACGCCUUCGGCAAAUAUACACUUACUUUUUAAACAUACGUAUUUUCCAUUUGGCCCACAUGGAUAUAGAUGCCCCACUACCAAAGACCAGAGAUGCCACUGUAUACAUAUUUCGUGGCUUGAACAUUAUCGGCUACGUGCCAACGGAGACCAAUAAAUUAGCUUUUUACAUGUGGUCAGGUUUUGUCAACUUCUUUGUCACGGUCUACCUACCUGUUGGUUUCCUGAUGAGUUUCCUGCUACGUCUGAAUACCUUUAGUCCCAGCGACUUCUUCACCUCGUUGCAGAUAUGGAUCAAUUGCAUUGGUUGCAGCCUGAAAAUGUUCGUUUUCUUUUUCUUGCAUCGACGUCUUAUCGAAUCGAGGAAAUUUAUGGAUCGACUCGAUGUACGUAUCGACAAUGAUGAGGAUCGUUUGGUGAUUCGUAAGAUUGUGGCAUUCUCAAAUCGCUCACUGACGCUCUACUCAUCACUGUAUCUGUCAUAUGCGAGUAGUACAUUCUUGGUUGCUGUUAUCAACUCGAAACCGCCAUAUCAGGUGUUCAAUCCAUUUUUCCUCUGGAAAGAAAAUGUUUGGAAAUUCACGAUGCAAGCCGGUUUUGAAUAUAUGAUGAUAGCGUUUCACUGCUUCCAGCAGGCAUUGUUGGAUUCAUAUCCGGUUAUAUUUAUAACCAUAAUACGAACACAUUUACACAUUUUGACACGUCGCAUCUCGCGUCUGGGCAGUAUUUCCACAAUGACAAGCGAUGAGCGGUAUGAGGCGUUGGUGCAAUGUGUAUUGGAUCACAAGAAUAUAAUGGGAUUAUACAGCAUUUUCUGUCCCGUCAUAUCCGGCACAAUGUUUGUCCAGUUUCUUAUCAUUGGCCUGAUUUUGGGUAUUACCACCCUGCAUAUAUUUCUCUUUGCCGAUCGUUUGGCCAUAAUUGCAUCCCUCUUCUAUGUGGCAUCCAUCUUGGCUGAGACAUUUCCCUGCAGUUUUCUAGCCAAUUGUCUAAUGGACGACAGUGAUCGUAUUUCAUUGGCCAUCUUUCAUUCGGCAUGGCAUGAAGAGGAACCGCGUUACAAGCAAAUGAUUUGCUUUUUCCUGCAACACACCCAGAAGACAUUGAUUUUGACAGCCAUGAAAAUCUUUCCAAUUACUUUGAAUUCGAACAUAAAUGUUGUUAAAUUUGCCUUUUCCGUCUACACAAUGAUGAAGCAAAUGGGCCUGGGCCAAAAUCUCCAAAAUGUUGUCGGCAAAGAUUUGUAAAUGGUGAUGGCCGCAGACAAGUCGACGAGAAAUGCAACAGCUUGUCAUAAAAACAUUUAUGAUUAUGGAUGGAUUAAUGGAUUAUAAAAUAUUUAAAUUUAAAUUUAAAAUUUUAGAAGAUUUGUAGUCCACUUGUUCGCACCCAGCACAAACACACACACACACACACAUUGAUGCACAUGACGUUUUCUCACAUGAGAGUGGGGAUAUAUAUUUUUUGCUUAAAUUCCCCUCCAAAUACAGACAGACACAUCGACACAUAGACUCGUAAAAGUCUCAAAAACACAUAACAAAUUAAUUAAAACAUUCCCCUCGCCCCCUUCCUUUCUGUCAUGAAUUCUCCUCUUCUGGAAACUCUUCGUAAUAAAACUAAAAAGAAAAACUUGUUGAUUUUUGGAAAUGGAAAAUCGUUCAUUUAUUAACUCUUGCCUCUUAGUCAGUCACUGACUCAGUUCGUCGCCCAGUCAUUCGGAAAUGAUAAUGAUUCUCAUCAUUUUCACACCACACAGCUAUGAAGAUUAAUUUCUUCUUCUCUAUUCCUUGGGAAGAAGGCAAGCCGUGAAGAUCGCAUAAUUAUGGCUAUGCGUUGAGAGCACAUCUGUUGCAGCAACAGGCUCCCACAAAUCCAUCGGGAUUAUUACUUGACAGUGACGACAAACAUCAGCUACUCUAACAUCAACAGCAUCAUCGCCACCACAAAAACACCACCAGUAGUGAACACUUGCUUGCACGCCGGGGAAAAUCUUUGUGGCCCCAAAAUAAAAAAAGAAAA